CUAUUUUAUUACAAAAAGGGGAACUUUUCAUGCUUCAGUUGCCUUGACAAUGUCAGUCCUAGCUGGUAGAAGAGACUAAAACUCCUCUGAGCAACUGAAGUUUCCUUAUUCAGUUGAAGAUUGCUAUGGUGUAACUGAAAUUGUAUUUUGCUUCUCUUGUUAAUUCACUUUCCACUCCUCCCACCCUUGUUCUCAUAAAGAACAUAGUACAGAUUUGUUAGAAAUAGUAGUACCUUCUUCCCCACCCCAAACGGUACCUGUUCUUUCUUGCUUUGGACUGUCUGCACCUCCUGAAGAUUUCACAGCAAUGCUGGACUGCAGUGACUGUGUUCUAGAUUCAAGAAUGAACAAUCCGUCAGAAACCAAUAAAUCAUCUAUGGAGAGUGGAGAUGGCAGCACUGACACUCAGACGAAUGGCCUGGACUUCCAGAAACAGCCUGUUCCUGUUGGAGGAGCAAUCUCAACAGCCCAGGCCCAGGCUUUCCUUGGACAUCUUCACCAGGUUCAGCUUGCUGGGACAAGUUUACAGGCUGCUGCUCAGUCUUUAAACGUUCAGUCUAAAUCUAGUGAAGAAUCGGGGGAUUCCCAGCAGCCAAGCCAGCCUUCCCAGCAGCCUUCAGUGCAGUCAGCCAUUCCCCAGACCCAGCUAAUGCUGGCUGGGGGACAGAUAACUGGGCUGACUUUGACACCAGCCCAGCAGCAGUUAUUACUUCAGCAGGCCCAGGCCCAGGCCCAGCUCCUGGCUGCUGCAGUCCAGCAACACUCCGCCAGCCAACAGCAUAGUGCUGCUGGGGCCACCAUCUCAGCCUCUGCUGCCACACCCAUGACGCAGAUUCCCCUGUCUCAACCCAUACAGAUUGCACAGGAUCUUCAACAAUUGCAACAGCUUCAACAGCAAAAUCUCAACUUGCAGCAGUUUGUGUUGGUGCAUCCAACCACCAACUUGCAGCCAGCACAGUUUAUCAUCUCACAGACCCCCCAGGGCCAGCAGGGUCUCCUGCAAGCGCAAAAUCUUUUAACGCAACUACCUCAGCAAAGCCAAGCCAACCUCCUACAGCCACAGCCAAGCAUCACCCUCACCUCCCAGCCAGCCACCCCAACUCGCACAAUAGCCGCAACCCCAAUUCAGACACUUCCACAGAGCCAGACAACACCAAAGCGAAUUGAUACUCCCAGCUUGGAGGAGCCCAGUGACCUUGAGGAGCUUGAGCAAUUUGCCAAGACCUUCAAACAAAGACGAAUCAAACUUGGAUUCACUCAGGGUGAUGUUGGGCUCGCUAUGGGGAAAUUAUAUGGAAAUGACUUCAGCCAAACCACCAUCUCUCGCUUUGAAGCCUUGAACCUCAGCUUUAAGAACAUGUGCAAGUUAAAGCCGCUUUUAGAGAAGUGGCUAAAUGAUGCAGAGAACCUCUCAUCUGAUUGUACAGCAUCUAGCCCAAGUGCCCUGAAUUCUCCAGGGUUGGGGGCUGAGGGCUUGAAUCGUAGGAGGAAAAAACGCACCAGCAUAGAGACCAACAUCCGUGUGGCCUUAGAGAAGAGUUUCAUGGAGAAUCAAAAGCCUACCUCGGAAGAUAUCACCUUGAUUGCUGAACAGCUCAACAUGGAAAAGGAGGUGAUUCGCGUUUGGUUUUGUAACCGCCGCCAGAAGGAAAAAAGAAUCAAUCCACCAAGCAGUGGUGGGACCAGCAGCUCACCUAUCAAAGCAAUUUUCCCCAGCCCAACCUCACUGGUGGCAACCACUCCAAGCCUUGUGACAAACAGUACAGCAACUACCCUCACAGUCAACCCUGUCCUUCCCUUAACCAGCGCUGCAGUGACUAAUCUCUCUCUUACAGGCACUACAGACACCACAUCCAACAACACAGCCACCGUGAUUUCUACAGCACCCCCUGCUUCCUCAGCAGUCACAUCUCCCUCCUUGAGUCCCUCCCCUUCUGCCUCAGCCUCCACCUCUGAGGCCUCCAGUGCCAGUGAGACCAGCACAACACAGACCACCUCCACGCCUCUUCCCUCUCCUCUCGGGGCCAGCCAGGUGAUGGUGACAGCAUCUGGCUUACAAACAGCAGCUGCUGCUGCUCUCCAAGGAGCUGCACAGUUGCCAGCAAAUGCCAGUCUUGCUGCCAUGGCUGCUGCUGCAGGACUCAACCCAGGCCUGAUGGCACCCUCACAGUUUGCUGCUGGAGGUGCCUUACUCAGUCUCAAUCCAGGAACUCUGGGCGGGGCUCUGAGCCCGGCCCUGAUGAGCAACAGCACACUGGCUACUAUUCAAGCUCUUGCUUCUAGUGGUUCUCUUCCAAUAACGUCACUGGAUGCAACUGGGAACCUGGUAUUUGCCAAUGCAGGAGGAGCCCCUAACAUCGUGACUGCCCCUCUGUUCCUAAAUCCUCAGAACCUCUCUCUGCUCACCAGCAACCCAGUAAGCUUGGUUUCUGCAGCUGCAGCCUCCACAGGGAACUCUGCACCUACAGUCAGCCUUCAUGCCUCCUCCACCUCUGCUGAAUCCAUCCAGAACUCUCUAUUCACAGUAGCCUCUGCCAGUGGAGCUGCUUCCACCACCACCACUGCCUCCAAGGCACAGUGAGCUGGGUGCAGAGCUAGGCUUCGUCACUGCAGCAUAAUGGGCUGCCAGCUGUUUAAGAAACAGACAGGUGUGAUUGGCUUCCUCCCACCAUGUUGUGAAGAUGAGGGAGACAUGGAGAAAAGAAAAAAUACACUUACCAGGAAAAAAAAAGAAUGGAGACAGAACAACGUUUGCCUAAUUUUAUAAAAAAGAAAAAAGAAAAAAAACAAUGUCUUUUCAGGAUUGCUUCAUGGAUUAGAGAACUUUCUAACCAAAAAUUUAAAAGAAAAAAAAACAAACAAAAAAUCCAAAACAGACAGACAAAAAUAAAUGAAAGGACUACUUCCCAUUUCCAGCAGUCAUGAUGACAAGCGAAGGUGGGUGACCAGUUCCAGUAGAGGAAGGGUGUCUUGUGCUUUCUUUCUUUCUUUUUUUUUUUUCUUAAAAAAAAUCAUUUUUAUAGGUCUGUUGUACAGGCCAUUAAGUCAUAACAAGGUGUUUAUAAUCGUAUCAAUUGUGUUGGGGGUUCCUUUCUUAACUGGUACAAUUUAGGCAGGCCUGUAUUACUGUAUCUCUGUUAUUGUUUUAUAUAUAUAUAUAUAUUGGACAUGUUUAUCUCUUGCUCCUGGAUCCUAUUUCAGUGAGCUCCCACACUGUGGGGAGGGAGGGUUUUGGGGUUAAGGGAGAAUUGCAUUCUUAACUUCCAGGAAUGUUCUUGCUGGUUUCCUUAUCCUUGAUGACUCUUACAGAGGUGCUAGAAAAUGAUUUUCUUUUGCCACUUAUGCAAGAGGCUUGGUGCAGAAGCUGAAGGCAGUGUGUGCACACUCCUGCUCCACACACGCUCCUCCCCAUCAGGUGGUGCCUUUGGAGCACUCUUGUGUAGGAAGAGCUCCUGCUGAACUGUAGCUCUCACUCACCCCUAAUCAUUGAGCAACCCCGAGGCCCGAACCCUGUGGUGCAACAGUGCUGCUUUCUGCUACUUUCAAUGGGAACAGCUGUGCCUGUUGCAGGGCAGGUUUUGGUUCCGGAGAGCAAAGACUACUGCAGACACCUGACUUGGUGGUUCUCCUGAUUUCUAUCUAUCUCUCUCUCUCUUUUUUUUUCUAAUGCUCCUACUGUUGAUGUUUGUUUGUUUGCUUGUUUGUUUUUAUUUUAUGGAAAAUUUCCAUCCAAACUUCCUUUGACUUACUUGGUCAAGAUCAAAUUGAUUACUGAAACUGAGAAACAAGUCUUUGUUUUCUUAAAAAUAUUCUGUUGGACUGUUUUCUACUAAUUAAUAUUCCAAAAAGGUCAGUAUAAAUAAUCUGAAUCUGCCACCUUUUCCUCUAGAGCAGCAGUUCUCAACCUGAGGGUCUCGGCCCUGGCGGGGGGGGGGGGGGGGGAAUCAAACAGCUGUUUCACAGGAGUCACUUAAGACUACUUACAUAUCAGAUAUUUACAUUACAGUCCAUAACAGUAGCAAAAUUACAGUUAUGAAGUAGCAAUGAAAAUAGUUUUAUGGUUGGUAGAUGACCACAACGUGAGAAACUGUAUUAAAGGGUCACAGCAUUGGGAAGGUUGAGAACCAGUGCUCUAGAGUCACAGACUUCUUGUCCGCCGAGUGGCUCAGAAGCUCCUCCAAGCCUCAGACUUUCCUCAGUUCUCUGACUGACAGAGGCACUUUCCUGACUAGGCAAAGGAUCUAUAGAACCUCAGAAAAAGGCUGAGCAGGAACUUUGCAGCCUGUUAGAGUCUCCAGUUUGUUAUGCCCCUGCUAGGUAGAUUUGGUGACAAUAUACAUCUCUUAUUUGAUGUAAAAAAGUGAUUUGUCCUGUAAUUGUUUUCAGGGUGUUUCUAGACUACAUAAAUGAGCCCAUUGAAAAGGAAGAGCUUGUGAAAAUGGAUGAAGAUGGAUGAGGGUAAUUUAGAGAUUAAAUUCCCCCUUUUGACAAUGCCCUAUUAUUAUACUAUCUGGACCAGAAUUUUCACAGAUGACUAGGUCAUCGCAGUGAAGUUCAUCUAAGUUGCCCUUACUGGAGUUAAGGUCCCCAUUGGUGUCUGAGGUGCUUGCUUCGGUUUCUGGUGGUCUGCACUGAGCUGAGGUGACUUUCCUUCUGAUAGCUUUGCUUAUGCCCAUAGGAAACUUGAAUUCUGUGCAUUUGUCUCUCUGCACUGUUACUCAGAAAGGCAGUAACACAGACACAAAUGUGUAUCUUUCUUUGUGUUUCAAUUGAGAAAAGGUCAUAUUAGUAUUAAAGAUCAGAAUCAUUUUGGUCCCCCUUUAAAUUUUUCUUUAGUUCCUUUUAUUUCUUGGAUAUUUAAUUUUUACCCCUGAAUUUCUCUGACCCUUAACUUUUCCUAAACUUCCUUUAAAAAUCAGUGAACUGCAAGCAGGGAAACUAACAAAUGCUCAUCCACCUAUUUUGUAUGGUGUGGGUAUUUUUUGUUUUGUUUUGUUUUGUUUUGUUUUGUUUUGUUCUUUAAACUAAGCUUGAACCAAAGUCAAUUUUUAGCAAGCUGCUGUACUAAUGGACUAGUUAUAAUGUGCAGUUCAAAUACAUUGAGGAGAUAGAUGCUACUGACAAUUUCUUACUCAUUUUUCUUGAUUAAUUUUAUGUGAAAGUUGCUGCUUGUCUUUAUCUUUUAUGUUGGUAAAUUGUAAUAUCCUCUGGGCAGACAUUACCAUGAUUUUUAGCUAGUUUGUUUAGGUCAGUGUGUAAAUAGAAUGGCUGUGUCAGUUAAUAAUUUCUCUCCUCUCCAUCAGUUCUUUCUUUCCUGUGAAUUUAAUCUUUAUUUUGACUUAACACUCUAACCUUAAUCUGUGCACAUGAUUAUAGGGCUGUCAAUACUGUUUCUCCUCCUAGCAGAGAGACCCUCCCUUGGGAGUGAUGAAGUUAGGAGAAAGAAUUCAGGGAGAAAAAUGCUGAUUGCUCACCGUACCAGGUUAGAAGUUAUAGCAUUAAUGCCCAGAAUCGCUACCAAAGUAAGUAUUGUCUCAAGGGACCUGGCCCAGGGAGUUAAAAAGGACGGAGAAAAGCUGUUUUAUUUAGUCCUAUAUGGUGAAAAGAAUCUUUCCUAAAUAAGAUUCCCCUACAGACUUUGAUUUUUAAAGACGAUAUUAACUUUACAUGUCAGUCCAGUGAUUUGUCAGUCCCUCCUUUUGUCUGUAGUUUCUAAUUGGUUCGAGAAAGAAAUACUGCCUUUUUAUGUAGUUCAUUUGAGGAUAGACCUUUUUUAAAACCAGCAUAAAUGCUGUAUUGAGAAGAAAAAAAAAUCUUUAGAAGAUAACUUUAAUUUUUCCCUCUCCUUUUUCAUAUAUUCAAAAUUAAAUUGUAAAACGAAAGGUACUUUGUACAUGACACACUACUAACACCUGCUGGUGGGCAUUCAGUUUAGAGCCACCUUCAUCACCACCCUCGAUAUUCUCUCAGUCUCUGCUUCACAAACACCUUGCCUACUUUUCAGUUGAUACCACCUUUUUUUUUUAAAUCUCAAAUGCUUUUUUAAUUGACUGAUCCAUCUUUUAAGCUAAAGUGUUGCCUUUUAUGAGGGAGUCUAGAAGCUAAAGGGUCGUUUGAAUAAAAGGCAUUCGGUUGAGUUUCUGCAUUUCCAGAAGAAACACCAGACAGGUUAUUAUAACUCAUUAUUUCAUUCUUCUCCUCCCCCUGACAUUGAUGCAUACUUUAUUUCAGUCCUGAAUUUAGUUAACACAUAGUAAGCCAAAGACUAAUUUUAAAUGCAUUUUUAAGGGUACUCUAUUUGCCUGUGAUAAUGGGCCCUUCCUGGAGAGUAGUGAAUGUAAUUGUUCAAUCUGUUUUGCAAUGCAGUUAGGCAGAAACUUUAUUUAUACCCUGUGUAAAUCUGAAUGACAACAGAAGGAUCUAUAAGGCUUCUCACAGGAGCAGUAUUACUGUUCUAGGAAUCAGUAGAAUGCUCUGUUAGCUUGAAUGUCUCUGAAGUUCUAUAGGCAGCUCCUUAUAAUGAGGAAACUUCCUUUUAUCUGUUGUCAGGAAGGUUAUUACCAUCCUGUGUGUGUAACUUAUUACUCCAGAAUAGAACCAAAGGAAUCCAGCUUUCAUCUUGUGUAGGACCGACCUAUUGAUGCUUCAUAAGCUUUAUUAGAAUUUUUUUAAAGGGACAAUAUUAAUUAAAAGAUUUUGGGUGUGAUCAUCUUGCCAGUUUGUUCUACGUCAUCAUUCAUUUGCUUUAGGAUAAAAGCACAAUUAUACCUCUUUAAUAUUAUUGUGUCUAUCCUUCAAUUAUUUGGGAAAAUUAUCUCUUUUAUUAUCCAGAAGCACAGGCUUUUGCUUGACAGUAUUUCAGUUUAGCUUAAAUGAUAACAUUUAACUUGCUGGAAAUGCCAGGUACAUUUGUAAAUAUAGGGAUAUUAUGUUAGAAAAAAAAAUGCUAUAGUUCACAGUCUAAGUUCUGCUCAACCAUGUCAUCCUCACAAAUCUUCUUUGACCAAGAGAAAAAUAAGGUCAUUGAAAUAGGAAGACAAAGAGACACCUGUUCGUGUUUCUCCCAAGAUAAGAGAAAUGCUGCCCUAGUGUGCAGAAGACAGUUUCCUGCUGGCAACCUGAGUUGACCCUGGCCCUGAGAAACUCUGACCAGUCUACCUAUCUGAGCACUUGGUAAGACAGAAAGAAGGACCGUAGCAACUCAGCAGGAAAGCUUGUUCAGAAACUUUAAAUUGGCUGCUGAAGUUGAUGAGUGUAAAGUGUACUUAAUUGGAACUGAAAACAUUCAAGAUUACCGUGCUAAUGGGGGAGAAAUACUAAAAGACCUAAAGCCCAUAAUUAUCCAAGUGGGCAGAAAUUGAUUUAAUAAUUUAUUCAUAACUGUUAUGAGUUCACCUUGAUUUGUGGGUAUGAACAGCAUUUACCAUGUUAUAUUGUUCAUAUAAAGAAAUCCCUGGAUAUUUUGAAAUCAUUUUCAGAUACUUGUAAAAAUAAGACUCUCUUAAUAUUAUUUUCACUUUUGAGGAGGAAAAAUAAUUCUUUGCUGUUUUUCUAAAACUAAGAGCCACUAUAGGUUUACAUGAUGGCACCCACAAUGUACACACAGGCCUGAAUAGAGAAGGCAGAAAUGAGUUGCUUUCAUUAUUAAAGGUUGAUAGAAUCUCUUUGCCUUCUCCUCCUCAUCCAUGGAGAGUAAGUGUAAUAAGGUUCUACCAGGAGGCAGGGGGGUUCCUUGGAAGUUGUCCAUCAGUUAUGGUGUUGUCUAGAAUUUCUUCUAACCGGCAUUGUGUUCUUAAAAUAGUUCUUUAUUUUGAGUUUUCUGAUCUUGGCCUAUUCUAAAAGUAGUGAGCUUGAGUGAAUCAUGGUCAGUUCUGUGAUCUGGAUCUCUUGCCUCUUUUUCCUUCCCUUCUUUUUCUCUUUGAAUGGUGGUACCUUCAUCUGUGAGAAUAAUGCUCGUGGGUAACAGCUUCUGGCACCUUCAUAAAAUACCUCAGCAUAGCUUAGCAUUGUAACGAACUGGUUUUAGACGUAAAAACCAAAUAAGUGAAAGAAAAAAAUCUUUAUAAAUAGUGGAAAUAAUUCUAGCUGUAGUAUUUAGUUGAACUAAUGUUUAUUAUGGUUGAUAAACAUGAUUGAUGCUGUAUGUAUUCGGGAUCCUGUUUAUAGGGUUGGGGGGGGUUGGAGUGGGAGAAAGGAGAAAUUGAUUAUGUUAGAAGGAAAAUAUUGCUCGUAUGUGUUUGUUUUUCUUUAUAUCUGUCUUGCCAAAGGAAACUUGAUAUUCCCUGUGACUGGGAGGGGGUUUGAAGCCUCUGUCAUCUGAUAUGCAGCACAGUGUGCAGAGGCAUGCAGGUGACAUGUGGGGUGUCCAAUAGGUUCAGGGUGCCCAAGGGCAGAUUUACAACCCUCAUGUCUGUGGCUGCCAUGCCCCCCCCACCAGACCUACCAGCCUCUCCUAAUGAUCCAUUACCUCUGUACAUAGCUAAAGCCUAGGCAAAGGAAGAGUGUGUGCAUGUCCAACUGCGCAGAUGAAAAGAGACAGAUAGAGACAUGUGCCCAAGGAAUUUGGAGAGGAAUGGAGAGGAGGAGGUAAGUGAUAUAUCUUGAUCUAGGAAAAUUAAGGUGAAGUGAGUCAUCCUCUGUCAUGUUAGUGAAUGCUGUGCUAGUAGUAGCUCAGUAUUUUUUAAACCUUAUUUCUCUUUCUUAUUUCAAGGAUAAUUCUGUCUAGACCAAAACACAAAAGAAAAAUCAAGAAGUUUAAAGCUAACCACACACUUGUCACCUGUAGUAAGGUGUGGCGUUUAAGGAUUGGUUGAUGAGAUGGAGGAAGUGCAAAACUAUGUUGGUUAAGGGAAAAAUUAAAAACCUUUCUGCCUCAUUCUGGGACAGACUUUCUUGACUCCCUGAAUUCUAAUACUAACUAUCUCAAGAACUAUUUUUUUUUAAUAAAUGUCCCAGCUCACAGAACUUGAGUGGGAUUUGAUUUUGAUGCCAAAGACACUGCUGUACUGUUGCUUAUCAUUAAGCUUUCCAAAUAGUCAGAGGAUAGAGCAAAAUGCUUAAGUUAGGAAAAGCUUUACCUUGUCUCUGUUCUUCUCCUUUCCUUCACUCCUUCCUCACUUUUGGAAAGAUGUCUCAUUGGUCAUUCUGGCUUCGCAGAGAGAUUGAUUUUCUUCCUCCCUGCUGCUCUGUGGACACUACUAGAAUUGCUCAGCGUGACAUUGAUAUUCUUACUGAGCAAGAAACUUGAGGAGUGCAAAAAAAAAUAGCAGUAGAAUUUUUAUUUCUCUUUAUCUAAUUCUUACAAAUAAAACUAGUCCAUCCAACUUGUUAGAUAACAGGUUGUUAGAUAACAGUCAAUAUUUAAUUAUGAAGAGCAGACUACAUUAAAGCCAAAUGAUGUUCUCUUACUCUCCUGUAGAGCUGUUUUGUUCUACUGUGUUUUUAAGAUAUGGCCUCUGGGAAAUUAAGAAGUUCAUUGUUUAGGCAUACUAUUGAUAAAUAAACAUAGGGAGAGCGAAGGAAAAGACACGUGUUACUAAUGCUCCAACAAACGUGAUUGGGUUGCUAAACUUCAUGAAAGCUUUACUUGUUAUUAUUCUGACAUUUAUAUAAAAGUAGUGUUAAUGUCGUGUGACUUUUCAAAGCAUUAGGUAGGUUUAUAUGGUAAUAGAGAUAUUAAAAUAAGAGCACUUGAAACAAAUGCUGUGGGAAAACAAUAUGCAUCAUGAACAUCAUUUCGACUGUGAAAGUGAAGCUCCAGGGUUCAGGGAGGGAAGCCGUUUAUGAUUCUUCUGCAUCCCUGAGUCUGCCCACACUGAACGGGACUCCACCACGCUUGCCACCUUCUGGUUUAAACCCAGGACACUGUCAGAAAGUUAAGAACCCCAGAUUAAUUUACUGGGGAAAGGGAGAAACUGAGGUCUGCUGUAAUGUUUUCCCGUGUUUUCUUUACUUGUUCAUCAUUGUUUAACAUAACCACAACCUCACAAAAGCAGCUUAGAGCUUCUCUCCUAAAUUGCCAGUGGUAGUGAUCGCCAUCGCUGUAUCCCAAGGUCUGCAGGCAGACAAGACAGCUGGCUACAGUGCUGUUUCAACAAGGAAGCAUCUGCAUGGAAGCUCCUUAUGUGAUCUCGUUAGAUAAAAACGGUCAGUGUCCAUCCAGCCCUGAGAGUGUCUCAGGUCUGAAAAUUAAUGGCGGAAACAAAAUGCACUUUCCCACACUGGUGUGACUGUCUCUCUUAGAAGCACUGUGCUAGGUUGGUUGGGGGCAGUGUGUCUUGGGUUCCAUUCCUACAUGAGUCUGCAGAAGGCACAUGUUUUAUAAGGAUAAAGUAAACUAGUUAGUGCUAGCCUGGUUAGGUUUAAAAUUGCAAACAUUGUGGGGGUGGCAUGUUUGCUAAGACUGACAAUAUUACAACAUUGGCUUUAUACGAUAUAAAUGGUAAAUGGUGUCUCCUCUAAGACCAGAUGGUGAGAGAAAGACUUCCUUCUUCCCACUCCUUACCUCUGCUUCCAUGGGAAUGUGUGCAUUACUCAGUCCACAGGAGGACUCACUGGGGGAGUACCUCUUCCCAGAGUGGACCUCAGUCAUUCCUCUUCUCUGUGGUAGUAGUGAAGGCUAGGUGAGUAAGUGUGGGGGUUUUUUGCCCACCAAUUGUCCAGGAGCUGUCGUAUACCUCAUUUCUAACUUGUGAGUAAGUAACUUGCUUUAAGUUCCUCUUGACCCUACAGAGUUGCCAAGUCUGCCCUCCCUCUUCUCAGCAACAUGAACUCUGGCCUAUAGCAUCAUAAGACCUGUCGCCUAGGGUGGGAUGAGCCCCGCCCCUAAGCCUCUGAAUGUCUCUGUUUUGAAGCUACUACAAACUUAGGGCAAAUUGCAAUCUCCUGUUUGUUUUGUUGUCAGGGAUCUUCACAGGUCUCCUAUGUUUCCCCCACUACCUUGCCUUCAAAGACUGCCAGCUCUCCUCUCUCCCAUCUGCCCCAUCCUUCCAACUGCUAGACACACAACAACUUCUGUCCUUGGCCUUUUCCAAGUGGGGUCAAGACUGACCCUUCCCCUCUGGAACAUUGGGGUUCUGCUCAUUGCCAAGACUUGGUAGAAAGGACACCCAAAGGUUCAUUUAAGCUGACUGCCGCAUACACAUUUCUCUUGUUUCCUGUGUGACAU